CUCUAGUCUGUUCAUUAGUGGGGUAAACAGAUAAGGAGGCAGUAUGGCACUUACUUCUUGUUGUACUUUAUUGGCUUUAAUCACAGGAGCUUCCAUAAUGUCAGGGGUACUAUCAUAUAAUGAGUGUACUGACACUCACCUGUCCAUUAAGGGUGGGAAUUACACCCUUAGCAAGGGCUUUGAGACCAACAGCUUGCUAACCUACGACUGCCCAUAUGGAUACUACGCCCCGGUUCAAAGCCGUCGCUGCUUAGCCAGUGGAAAAUGGAGACCAUUACCAAAGCGCAACCUUGAGUGCAAAAUGGUCAAAUGUCCUGAUCCAAUGGUUUUUGAACAUGGAGAAGUCACACCACCACAAGAUAGGUACUAUGUGAAUGACACAACAACAUAUGAGUGCUUUUCUGACUACAAACUGUACGGGUCUGCAACUCGUAUCUGCAAAGCCAACGGAAAAUGGAGCGGUAGCACACCUAUAUGCAGCCGUAACACUGACCACUGCCCAGACCCUGGGAUCCCUGCUGGGUCGCGCAGGACUGGCCACAUCUUCAACAUCGGUGAAAAGGUCACUUACCGCUGUGAGGGUAGCUUGAAGCUCAUUGGCCCGAAGGAGCGGACGUGCAAGGAGAGUGGACUGUGGAGCGGCCAUGAGCCUGAGUGUCAAUUUGAUUACACAUAUGACACGCCAGAGGAAGUAUCUGAAGUGUUUGGGAGUGCCCUCAAGAGCAGCUUGACAACAGCGGAACUGGACCCUAAUGAACAGGAGGGAAAGAAAAUCCGUCUGGAUAAGGGUGGGAAUCUCAACAUCUUCAUCGCCCUCGAUGCAUCUGACAGCAUUGAGGAAGAACAAUUCAAACAGUUCAUAGAAAUGGUGAAGAAACUGAUUGACAAGAUCAGCUACUAUGAAGUGACGCCCAAUUAUGACAUUUUGAUAUUUGCCACAAAGGUUACGACAAUUGUUGACAUAAAAAAUUACUACACAGGCAAUGCAAAAAGCCUGGCAGAUGUCAUGAAGGAUUUGGACGAUUUUAAGUUUGGUGAAAAAGAAAACGAUUCUGGAACUAACAUUGGAGCAGCCUUUGUAAAGAUAUAUGAGGAUAUGAGUUUCAUAAAUACACGAAAUAAGAAGCAGUUUUUGAACAGCAGCAAUAUAAUCAUCAUGUUUACUGAUGGCGAAUCCAACAUGGGCGUAGAUCCAAAACGUCCCGUGAAUGAGAUCAAAAAUUUUGUGUACAGAAAUAACAAAGAGGAGCGUCAGAAAUUUCUAGAUAUAUACAUGUUUGGAUUGAGAGCCGACGAUAAGGAGUUGCUGAAUGAAUACGCAACACUUGACAAUGAAGGAAAACAUGUGUUUGUGUUGGAUGGUGUGGAAAAGCUCCAUCAAAUCUUUGAUGACAUGAUUGAUGAGAGCACCAGUGUGGGUUUGUGUGGACUCCACAAGGACUACAACUAUAAGGAUGACAGAGAGUCCACCAUACGUCAGCAACAGCCUUGGCUGGCAACGAUCACUGUCAAUCAUGCAGAUGGACUUCCAUCCAAAUGUCUGGGCUCUCUUGUCACCCCCCGCUUCAUCCUAACAGCUGCCCACUGUUUCAAGUUUGGAGACGCAAGCCACGGGAUUUCUGUUGAUAUUAAAGAUGGACAAACCACAGUCCAUAAGGUGAAGAGGUACAUUCCUCAUCCAAACUAUAAUUCCACACUCAAGAAAGAUGCCGGGAUACCAGAGUUUUUUGACUUUGAUGUGGCACUUAUCGAACUUCAGAAAGAUGUUAAGAUAUCUGUCGAAGCAAGACCCAUCUGUUUACCCUGCACGAAGGAAGCAAGUGGUGCUUUGAAACUUUCCAGCAGUGGUGUGAAAUGCAAAGACCAUGAGAGAGUGUUAUUGAAUAAUGAGUUUGAAGAUGCCAACAUAAUGUCACAAAAAAGGGAGAAGAAAAAUCUCAAAAUAAAGCUGGGAGCUUCGAGGGAUGCUUGCAUUGAAGAUGCCAAAAAAGCAGCUGGCAUAACUGCUAAAAACGCAAAGGAUAUCGUGACAGACAACUUCUUGUGUACUGGCGGGAUUAAUCCUGAGACAGAUCAUGUGGCAUGUAAAGGUGAUUCUGGAGGAGCACUGUUUAAGGAACAGUAUUACCGCACAGUACAGGUUGGAGUUGUGAGCUGGGGUGUGGAGGAUAUCUGCAAGGAUGAAGGCAAGACUGUUGUUAAUUCCCGUGAACACACUAGAGACUAUCACAUUAACCUCUUUAAAAUGCAGCCAUUCUUGAAGAAGUAUCUGGGAGAUGAUACAAAGGAUUAUGCACCACUCACUUUUCUAGAGUAGAGUUUCCAUGUCUUAUGUGAUUGCAAUGUUUUUCUCUGCAUGUCAUGCUUUUAGUAGCAAAAUACUGAUUGUUACACAAAGUUGAGAUUUUUUAUUCAAAGUUUCUAAUAUCUAUUCUUAAAACAUUUCAUGAAAACGUUUAUUGCUUUACUAGUUAGUUUUAAUUUGUUCAUAUCAUAUGUCUAUGGUGAAAUUCAAUUAAAGACCACAGUGAGUAAA